GGCAAAGGGUUAAAGGUUAGUUAUUGUAAAAAUGGAUAUUGUUGUAGUUGGUAGUUGCAAUACAGAUUUCUCAAGGUUUGUUGUUAUGUUUUUUUAAAGCGAGUUAAAUAAAUUUUUAUUAAACAGUAAAAUUACAUUCGUAGUAAGUAGAUACCUUUUAAAACUUAAAAGUUUUAGGUAAAAUCGUAAUUUAGAUAUAGAGUUAUACUUAUACUUAGUAGUAGCAUAUAAUAUAUAAUAAUUAAUAAUAUAUACUAUAUAAAUUAUAUAGAUUUCUAAAUUAAGGUAGUAUAGUUAUACUUAAACUUAAAGUUAUUAUAGUAUUAUAGCCAUUAUAGUAUAGUAUACUGUAUAGUUUGAGUAUAAUUAUAGUCGAAAUUAUAGCGUUUUGUUUUAGUUAAAGUUUUAGUUUAUUUUUUAUUAUUAUUAUACUUUAAAACUUUAUUAAUUAUAAAUUUAUAUUGCUGCAAGGCUGCAAGUGCAAUAAUAAUAUAUAAUUAUAAUUAUAUGCAUGGAUAUGGUCCAUAAUAAAUAAUUAAAUAUGAUAGGUCUCAAUCAAUAAUAAAUAAUAACUAUCUAUUCAAAAAAUAUUCUUAAUUUAAUUAUUAGACCUAUUUUUAAAUAUUUUUAUACUAUAAAUUAUAGUCAUAAAAAUAAAAGUUUGGUCCGUGCUUUGUGUACAGAGGAUAGCUGAUAUUGAUGACAUGAAAUUAAAAUUUAUGAAAAUAGAUGUUUGGUGAAAUAAAUUUGGUUACUUAUAAUAAUUAAGUGCUACUUAUAACAAUGCCCCUUUCACUUUCGUGGUAGCUGCCUUUUUGUUGUAUUUGUUUGGGCCUCUACCUCUAGUGUUUGUGAAUCCCUGCACAAGGUGGUAGGUUCUGAUUUUGGUCCACCCCGGGUAUUUUAUUUCCCUGGUACCCACCAUAUCUGGAGACCUCUCCCCUAACUGCCACCUGGGAAGAGAACUUGUUCAACACAUGGGAGAGCAACAUCCUCGGGAAAAUAUAUGGUACCUGGUAAUCAAUUACAGAUGGAGAAUCCUUACAAACCAAGAUAUCAAUUGUACAAAGACCCUCCCAUAGCCCCAGCAAUUAAAAAAGGUAGACAGCACUGUACAGGACACCUUGUAAGGAUGCUGAAUUUUAGAGCAGCAAAAGUGAUCUUCAGACAGAAACCUAGGAUCAGGCAGCUCACUGGUCGACCAAGACUGAGAUUGACCAAGGAUGUAGAGCAGUGGUAGGCAAACUCAUUAGUCAAAAGAGCCGAAAAUCAGCAGCAUAACGAUUAAAAUAUUUUUGAGUGCAAAAUUUCUUUUCAAGAACCUGUCAAGAACCAUUUUUUUCAGAGUCAAAACUGAUUUGUGGCCAACUGGUAGAGUCGCACUCAGGUCGCUGAAGAGCCGCAUGCGGCUCAUGAGACACGGUUUGCUUAACACUGAAGUAGAGUAAGACUUAGACAAGCUGAGGUUUCGUGCUUCGAGUGGGACAGCCAUUGAUUAAUCUGAAUGGGAGGAUGUGGUGGAGCAGGCCAGGACCUUACAUUGUCUGUAGUGCUACUGAUGAUGAUGCAAGGUCACUUCGAGAACUUUGUCUUUGCACGUGUGCCAUAUAUAUUAACAAAUUUGCUGACUGCAUUAUCCAUGUAUGGUACCUGCAUACUGCAUAUAUAUGUCAAAUGGUGUACAAAUAGUAAAAUACAAUACAAAUUUAACAAAUUGUACUAGAAAAAAAAAUUUAAGCUCAAGCCAUCUUUUGUCAUUUACGGCAAUAUUUAUGAUCUAUUCAGAGAUCUCCACCAUUCAGGCUUUCUUAAAGUAAAAGUCAAUUGACAUAGUCUUCAAAUAGUCUGUAAUAAUUGGGAAAAACUGCUCAAAAACUUAAACUAUUCAGAGGAGUAUAUAAUAUUAGCUUUCCAAAGUUCAUAGUGUUUAUAAAGUCUACAUGAAAAUAUCUGACAAUCUCUAUCUACUCUGAAGUAAGUUUUUAAAAACUUUUCCAUAGCUAUGUAUCUCAUCUGCCUCUAAAGGGAGAGACUUUAACUGGCCACAAAUUUGAAACAGGAUUUGGAGGCAAAGGAGCAAACCAAUGUAUUGCUGCGGUUAAACUUGGAGCUCGUACCGCAAUGGUCGGGAAAGUUAGUAACUGUUUACUUCCAGUUUUCAUUCAAUCAAAAUGCUGAUAUGAAGUAAGGACAUUGCCACAUACUUGAUCCAGGUGUAUGUAUCUGCAAGGUUGUGUGUGGGGGAAGGGGGAGGGGGGAAGAAUAGAGUGUGGGGUAUGUAGACUCAAAGUUGCAGUCUUGUUUGAAAAAACACUUCAUAGUUUGAUUAACGAACCUCUGAGCAAUUGUCAUACAUUUCAUGCUAAUAACUUUUAAUUAUGCAGCUGUAUUACUUUUUUAACUUUUAUUUCAUAAGUAAAUGCAAUAACACAAUUUACUAUAUCAACAUAUAGACAAUGCUCACAUUCUGCCUCCUUGGGUAAAACACCUGAAAUGUUAAUAUCACUACUCAGUGCAGCUCUGAGUAAAGAUUAAAAUUAAUAAUUGUCAUGGUGGCCUGCAGAAGCAUUUCUGAGUCCGCAUACAGAUUUAAGUAUGUGAAUACCACAGCUAAACUUGCAUACUAAUUUAAGCAUAUAAAUACCUUAGUUUUCAAGUUGCAAAUAAUGUAACUUUCAAAAAGGGGCUCAUCAAUUUAUCAUUAAAUUAAUUAAUUUCCAUUUUAUUAUUUUAAACAUUUUUAAACAUAUUGAAUGAUCAGUUUAAGAAUUUAAUCUUGGUUGUUUCAGCUUGGAGAUGACAUUUUUGGUGAUCAAUAUUUUAAUAGUAUGAGAGCCAAUAAUGUUAAUUGCAGUAAGUAAACUUACAAUAUUUUUCUCUUUAACUUAGCAGAUAUACAAAUCUAUUUUUUGUAUGCAUUUAUACUUUUUUCAUGUAUAUUCUUGCAUCCUUCAUCAUUACUUCAUUAAAAUAGUUAUUUCUUAGCAAUAAUCAUUUUUUUUCCCAUUAUAUUUUUAUUUGCUGCAGCACAUUUAAAGCAAGUGGGUGGUGCCUCUUCUGGUGUGGCAUCUAUAUUUGUUGGUGAUGAUGGUAUGCCUCAAAAUGUUUUUAGAAUUUUCACUGUUGUUUGCCAUUUAAAACUGAAAAAUUAUGUGUUAGCAAAAUUUAUUUCUUACUUACUUAACUUACUUUCACUGUAAUGAACUCCUGUAUUGGCAAUGACUAAUCCGCUCCUGUUGCUUCUUAAUUUCUUAAAAUUAUUUUAUUUUUGCCAACUUCUGCACAUAGUUAUCUUAUUGCCCGUAACAACGGCUUCAUGAAAAUGUGUUUUUCUGUAGGCUCCAAUUGUAUUGUGAUAGUGCCAGGUGCCAACAAUUUAUUGGAUGCCAACGACGUGGCUGAUGCAGAAGAUCUCAUCAAGUCCUCAAAGCUUGUGGUGUGUCAAAAUGAAAUCCCCCAAGAGACAACACUGGCUGCUCUAAAGCUGGCAAAAAAACAUGGAGGUGAGUUGCGCAACAGAAAUGUCUAUGUGUUAAAUACCUCGGGAUUCAGUAACUUUUUGGCUUGCACCCUAUCCCCAUUGCAAUGUUAAAAUUUUCUAUUCAUUUGACAUCAUGGUUUUUUGGAAAAUCAGUUCCAGAAAACAUUGCACAUCUGUUAUUUUAAUGGGGGGAGAGGGUGGGGCUUAAAAUUAAUUUGGGCGCAAUCUUAAUUUAUUUGAAAAGGUAUCAAAGCAUAUAUCUGACUAGUAUAUUUGAGUGUUGAAUAUAAUUUUUUACCGAAAUGCAUGUCAAGGAUUAAAAAAGGUCAAUGGAUUUUUGAGUUCUUAAAUUUAUGUUGUUAAAUGAUGUGAAAGGAACAAUUUGAAACUACCACCACAAAAUCCACACUUUUGGAGGAGAAAAUUUUGCACACGGUUUGUUUAAUUAUCAGCUUGACUUAUAUUUAAUAUGGCAUGUAAACAAAUUUUGUGUCUUCAACUCUGGAAGUAAAUAGAUCAGUGAUUCUAAAAAUAGAUGCCAUGACCUAGAUAUUCCAUAAAAAGUAUUAUGUACAAACUUCUUGUCACCAGAGCUGAUUGCUCAUGAGAUUUUGUGCCGGACAUAAAAAGAGCAUAAAAUAUUCAGUUUCAUAUUUAGUUAAGAUUUUAUACACCUUUCCAAAAACAUCUACCAGAGAAACAGGAAGAAUUUAAGAUAAAUGAGCAUUUCACUUUAAAUUCUUUUAAAUCUACACCAUCCACCAAGAGGCAUAUUCAAAUUCAUUAGAUUGAAUUAGAAUUUCAGCUUCAACAAUUUUCUGUUCCUCAAUUCAUAAAAUACAAGAAUAUCAUUUACAAAUAAAAAAUGUUAAUAUUUAGAGUCAUUGCUAAGUUACUAAUUAAAAUAGCAACUUACUUUGUUUUACCCUGCUAAGGUGGCAGCCUACUGCUAAGUCCUAGACCAUGAAAAAGCCUUUAAGAGCUGCUAAUUUGUAUUAAGUCUACAAUGCUUAUUUUUCUUAUAAUAAAUUUUAAAGUUACCAUUUUCUGCAAUUAAACUUAUUUUUUUUUUCUUUGAAAUUUAAAAUUUAUUUUUCAGUGAAAACAAUUUUCAACCCUGCCCCAGCUCAGAAAGACUUUGACCCUGAACUUUUCAAAGUUCCAGAUUUCUUUUGUCCGAAUGAAACUGAGGCAUGCCAUAUUUUACAAAUUUUUUCAACAAAUAAAACUUUGAUUUUUGUUUUUGUUUGUUUUGGAAAACAGGGAAUGGGUGUGGGGUGGGGUGGUUCUGAUCUUCAAAAAAUGUAAUAAAUCUGUAACAUAUUUAUAGAUAUUAUCAUUAUGCAUCUCUAAUAGUCGAUUCAGGAUAUUCUAAUCUAUUAUUAUUGGUGAUAUUCUAUUAAAAAUCUUAUAACUCAUUUAUUAAAACCUUCAAAUAUAGCUUGAUGGUAAACCUUUGAAAUAUGUUUAUGCAGAUAUGUUCAAGUAAUUCUUAAAACUGUCUAUCAGAGGUUCUUUUAAGUUACAGUAAACAUCUUUAAGUUACAGUAAACAUCUUUAAGUUACAGUAAACAUCUUUAAGUUACAGUAAACAUCUUUAAGUUACAGUAAACAUCUUUAAGUUACAGUAAACAUCUUUAAGUUAAGGUCAACAUUGAUCUCUUUUCGUAUCUUUGUGACAGGCCUCCCUGUUGUUAAAUCAGCUUGUGAAUGAUCCUGAGACAGCCAUGACGGCAGCCAGGCAGCUGGUUGAAACCAGGGGCUGCAACUCUGUCAUCAUUACCCUUGGGGAGAAGGGAGCUGUGUACCUUGCUGGCAAAGAUGCUGAGCCUGAGCACAUCCCAACAAGUCCUGUCAGAGCUGUGGAUACAACCGUUAGUUUUCCUCUAAUUUUACAUUUUUAUUAUGGUUUUAUCUAUAAAUUUUUUUUAAUGUGUCUUUAUGAAAAUGAUAUAAUAAAAAUAAUAAAAAAGAGUUCAAAAUUAUACAUGUCACUCGUGCAUAGAUCUUCAGUUGAGCCCCUCCCAGGUGGCGGAUAGUGGAAAGUCCACAAGAUAUGGUGGUUAGGAUACUGGGUAAAUAAAAUACCUGUGGUUGGCCAAAAUCAGAACCUAAUGCCUUGUAGGAAGUGGAAGGAUGCACAAAGACUAGGGAACCUUACCCGAAAAUUAAGGCCGCUACCUAGAGAGCUACCUGCGCUCUGCACAGAGGAAAUUCACCCGAGGGGUUUAAACUGAGUCAAUCCCAAGUAUGAACUGGACUUCAAUCCACAGCCUAGACAAGAAAAAACAACACCAGCGCCCUGAGUAGAUGGGACUCAUUAACCUUGGGUGGUAUCUCUUCUAAGAGAGAGCUAGCUCCGAAUUUAGCAGAAAUAAAAAAAUUAGUGGCUGCGCUGGGAGGAACACUUACAGUCAACUUCAAUUUAAUUUAAACUUAGACGAAACAUUCUUCUUUUUUUUUGUCUGAUCUUUAUAUUUCAGGCUUCCCCAAACAUUAAUUGCGAACACUUAAUUUUUGAAGUGUUUUUUAUUUCUUGUUGUUUCUUCAUUUGUUCAAUUUGCUGAGGAAGGUUCUUAGCUGAAACAUUCUUUUUAUAUUGUCCUUUCGUCUUUAUAUUUCAAGCUUCCAUAUACCUUGUUCCCCUUUUUCCUUCAAUUUAAGCUACAGGUUUUAGUUAACCACCAUGUUAUAAUAAUAUUUAUAAUAUAGUCUAGGUGCAAAAAAAAAAAAAGGUGCAUUGUUUUUGCUUUAUGCAUUGAGUAUAUUGUCUUCCUUUCACCCAUUUAACAUUACCACUAAGCUUUUGGUUAAUAAAAUAGACAGUUAUGAAUAAUCUAUUAGUUCAUUUUUUGCUCACUGUAUUUCAGGGUGCGGGAGAUUCUUUUAUAGGAUCUCUGGCUUUUUUCAUGACCACUAGGCCUGAUCUGCCUAUUGAAGAAAUGAUUAAAAGAGCUGGACAGAUAGCCGCUGAAAGUGUACAAAAACCAGGGACCCAAAAGAGUUUUCCUUUUGCUAGUGACCUCCCUUCACAUAUCCUGGCUUAGGGUAUAAUGACUUAUUACAGCUAUUCCCAAUAAUUAUUUGAAGCCUAUGAUGAUAAUUGACUUUUGUUACUUAAUUUCUCUUUACCGAACGAGGUGAAUUUUUUUAAUAUUGUUUUUCUUUUUGACAAAAAAACAUAAUUGUAAAACAUAAAUAUUAAAAUAUUUAAAUAAAUUUUAAAAGUUUAUAUGGUAUAAAGUGGCAUCAUAUGUAUGAAUAAAACAAUAAAUCAAUUAAAUUGAAAGAUUUGUUCUCAGUGGUCAACCGAUUAAAUAUUUCUCAACAAAACCAUGGAAGGAAUCUACUUUCAAUUCUUUAAAACACAGUCUAAUGGAUGCCUUGAAAGAUUUUUUUUAAUUUUAAAAUUCAAUAUCAUGGGUUAUUUUUAAAAUAAUUUACUAAAUCAUAUCUAAAUUUAUUACUAUCAAUUUGAUUUAUGUAUAAAAAUAAAUAAUGACUUUCCAAUGAAAUGGCAAGAUUAGUUUAGUUGUUUUAGAAUUUUAAGUUUUGCUACAGCUUGAUACCAAAGUUCAGUUCAGAAAUUAAAUUAAUUCAGGAAAGAUUUGCCUAUUUCUGCAUGGACUCUGAACUCAGUUUAAAUGAAUUGAAUUUCAUAAAUUAAUGCAAUUUUAUUUGUUUCAAUCUUCACACAUUGGGGUCAUCAAAUUAUACCCUGCUAACUCAUCUGUCCAGUCAAUCCACUAUUGCCCUCAAUGUUUAAAGAAUAUGAUUAGCUGGCAAGCGUUACUCACAAGAUGUGUAUUUAUAUGUUUUAAAAAACACACCAUAUCCUAGGCUAAUCAGUACUUCUUUGCAUGGCUAAGAUGCUGAAAUUUUACUAAUAGUCAUUAAAAAUCAACUCUUUGAUUAAGUUUUGGCUCUUUAACCGUUUUGGUUUCCAUUUCUGGUAAAUAAACCUUUCUUUUAUUCAUUAUUAUGAACAGUCUGAAAUAAAUAUCUGUCCCUAGCCUUCUGUCUACAAAUUAUAUUAAGCCACCUGUAUUAUUUGUGCAAGUGAAGUUAAAACCCAACCUUGAAUAAUUUUUUUGGCCAUAUGUUGGAUUGUGUACUAAAUAUUUAUGCAACUGAUGACAUAUUUUUUUUUAUCCAACAGAUCAAUGAGCAGUCAUUCACACAGGUAUAAAAGAAGUAUUAAUUAGCUAGAAUAAAAUUAUUUUGUUCCUACAGUUUUCUUUGCAUCACAUUUUUUAAAGAUAAGUUUACACAGAUUACAUUUAUAUAUCUUCAAAUAUGUUUUGUUAUAUUUUAUUAACUGUACAUGGCAUUAUUUAUGUUUAUGUCAUUUUGCUCUUGGCAUGAGAAAAACCUUAAUGCUAUGAAGGAAAAAAAAACGUAUUGAUUUUAAUUUUGAUUUACGCAUCGAUUAACUGUAAAUAGUAAUUAAAUUUUAUUUGACUUUGUCUUUUAAGUUUGUUAUUAUUUAAAAAUAGUGAUUUUUAUUUAUUUUUGAGUUAAUGUGGCUCAUGUUUAUUAAAUGGUGCUUAGUACAAAUUCUAUAGUUUGUAUAACUAUUUAAACAAAAGAUUGAGCUGUUGAUCGUUUUAUACUUUUGCGCAUUUUUGUAUUAAAUUGCUGUCAGAACUCAUUGAAAUAAAAAAAAAAUUUUGUUCAGUGUUAAGAAAAAUGUAUUGUCUAAAAGAAUAUUUUCUAUGCCGUUCUUAAACAUUCCAUAACUAAUUAAAGUACUGUGUCUACACUUUUUAGUUGUAGUAAUUAAUAUACUAAUUUUGAAAAUUCAGACACUUAAAAUGGUGUUAAAUUUACUUUUAUAAGCCUGGAGUAUGACUCAGAAACUUAAAAUUGUGUUAAAUUUACUUUUAUAAGCCUGGAGUAUGAUUCAGAAACUUAAAAUUGUGUUAAAUUUACUUUUAUAAGCCUGGAGUAUGAUAGAGUAAGAUAAAGUAUAUUGAUAUGUUAACUAGAGAUGACUUCUGAAGGGGAAAAAAAAAAUAGUUAAGGAAAAUGUAUAUGCAUGAAAGAAAGGCAUCUCUUACAUAGUCUUCGUAGAUUUGCGAGAAAAAUCUCCACUGAGAGUCAGUUUGGAAGGUUCUCACACAUUCAGGCCACCCAAAUGAACCUUUAAAAUUUGAGACUGGAUUGUUGUAGGGGUGUGGUCUCUCUUCGACCUCAACUGCCAUUGAUUGGCUCAUGUGAUAGAGCCAAACAUGUAAAGAGAUAAUCAGCUCUAGGAAGAGGCCCUGUUGAGUCUUGACAUCUAUAUCAGAAUUUUAAAAGUAAUUUCUUCGGUCUCCUGUUCUGUGGUUUAGAGUGCUGGAAGACCACUGGCAUACCAGAAUGGAAAUUUGAAGUAAAAACGGGACCCCAACAUUCCUUCAAAGAAAUUUUAAAAAAUCAAAACUUAUUAAUUUGCGACUGAUGACAAUGACUGUUAACACUAUAUGGCCAUGUCAGUUUAUGAUUGUAAAUUAUACUUCUUAAAUAGCGAAUUAUUUUAAAUAGCCCAACAAAAGGGGCGGGGGUGUAUUCUGUGCCUGUUUAACCAAAGGCAAAGUAGGCACAUCCCUAUGGACAACGAGCCUUGCAAGGGGCCAUUUGUCUCGUGUGCCAAAUUUGGGGAUGACCUUUUUUUUUUUAAAUUGAAUGUAGGCUACUUUUAAUGACGUAAUGUACGUAGUGAGUGGCAUCUUGGGCAUGUCCAAAUAUUAACAUAUGUCCAUAACAAUAUAGAAUUAAGGAAACUUUUUUUUAAAAAGUAAGAAGAAAAACGCUGUGUGUAAACUAUUCCUAGAAUGAUAUUCUACAAAGGUAGAAUUUUAAGAGACUCGUCUUUUAAUGACAGGAUGGGUGAAAAGAAAUAAGAAGCACGGUGAUGGGUAUCCAGUGUUUGCUAGCUUUUUUUUUUGGGGGGGUGGGGUGUAUGGUGGGG